AUGGACGUCCACACCCGCUGGAAAGCGCGCAGCCCGCUCCUCCCGGGCGCCCCGCUGCUGUCCCCGCCGUUGCUGCUGCUGCUGCUGUGGGCGCCGCCUCUGAGCCGCGCAGCUCAGCCAGCAGAUCUCCUGAAGGUUCUAGAUUUUCACAACCUGCCUGACGGAAUAACCAAGACCACAGGCUUUUGUGCAGCGCGGCGAUCUUCCAAAGGCCCGGAUGUUGCUUACAGGGUCACAAAAGAUGCCCAACUCAGCGCGCCCACCAAGCAGCUGUACCCUGCAUCUGCAUUUCCUGAGGACUUCUCCAUUCUAACCACUGUGAAAGCCAAGAAAGGCAGCCAGGCCUUCCUGGUCUCCAUCUACAAUGAGCAGGGCAUCCAGCAGAUCGGCCUGGAGAUGGGCCGCUCUCCCGUCUUCCUCUAUGAGGACCACACAGGGAAACCGGGGCCGGAGGACUACCCCCUCUUCAGAGGCAUCAACCUGUCAGAUGGCAAGUGGCACAGAAUCGCUCUCAGCAUCCACAGGAAGAAUGUCACCUUGAUCCUGGACUGUAAGAAAAAGAUGUCUACAUCCCUGGACCGCAGCAACCACCCCGUGAUAGACGUUAACGGCAUCAUCGUGUUUGGCACCCGAAUUCUGGAUGAGGAGGUGUUUGAGGGAGACAUCCAGCAACUGCUCUUCGUCUCGGACCACCGGGCAGCUUACGAUUACUGCGAGCACUACAGCCCUGACUGUGACACUGCGGUCCCUGACAAGCCCCAGUCUCAGGACCCCAAUCCCGAUGAAUAUUACCCGGAAGGAGAGGGUGAAGGAGACACCUAUUACUACGAGUACCCCUACUACGAGGACACGGACGACGUGGGCAAGGAGCCCACCCCCACCAAGCCACCAGUGGAAGCUGCUCGAGAGACCACGGAGGUGGCUGAGGAGCUGACCCAGCCCCCCACGGAAGCCCCUCCGUUGCCCGACACCAGUGAGGGGGCCGGGAAGGAGGAGGACCCCGGCAUCGGAGACUACGAGUACGUGCCCAGUGAGGACUACUACACCCCACCCCCUUACGAGGACCUCAGCUACGGCGAAGGCAUCGAGAGCCCCGACGAGAACCCCGACCGUUCCCCCGACCAGGGCGCCCGGGCCGAAGUUCCCACCAGCACGGUCCUCACCUCCAAUGCCUCUAACCCGGAUCUGCCUCCCGAGGAGGGGAUGGACGACUUGGAGGGAGAGUUCACAGAAGAAACCAUCAAGAACCUGGACGAGAACUACUACGACCCUUACUACGACCCCACCAUCUCCCCGUCGGAGAUCGGGCCGGGCAUGCCCGCCAACCAGGAUACCAUCUACGAAGGGAUCGGACCACGGGGCGAGAAAGGUCAAAAGGGAGAACCUGCCAUCAUCGAACCAGGCAUGCUCCUGGAGGGGCCACCCGGCCCCGAAGGCCCCGCGGGUCUCCCAGGACCUCCAGGAACGAUGGGUCCCACUGGCCAAGUGGGUGACCCUGGAGAAAGGGGUCCCCCUGGACGCCCAGGCCUUCCUGGGGCUGACGGGCUGCCCGGCCCUCCUGGAACCAUGCUCAUGCUGCCUUUCCGGUUCGGAGGGGGCGGCGAUGCGGGCUCCAAAGGACCCAUGGUCUCAGCCCAGGAGUCCCAAGCUCAAGCCAUCCUCCAGCAGGCCCGGCUGGCGUUGAGGGGGCCGGCUGGCCCGAUGGGUCUUACUGGGAGACCCGGCCCCAUGGGCCCUCCCGGGAGCGGAGGUCUGAAGGGCGAGCCGGGAGACAUGGGGCCUCAGGGUCCCCGCGGUUUGCAGGGCCCCCCCGGCCCGUCAGGAAAGCCUGGAAGAAGGGGGCGAGCUGGCAGCGACGGAGCAAGAGGGAUGCCUGGACAGACUGGCCCCAAGGGUGACCGCGGCUUCGAUGGCCUGGCUGGGCUACCGGGAGAGAAGGGCCACCGGGGCGACCCUGGUCCUUCCGGCCCUCCGGGACCUCCAGGGGAAGACGGAGAAAGGGGUGACGAUGGAGAAGUCGGGCCCAGAGGGCUGCCCGGGGAGCCUGGGCCUCGUGGUCUGCUGGGGCCGAAGGGGCCCCCAGGCCCUCCUGGACCUCCCGGUGUGACGGGAAUGGAUGGCCAACCAGGCCCGAAAGGCAAUGUGGGUCCCCAGGGAGAGCCCGGCCCCCCGGGACAGCAGGGUAAUCCAGGCGCCCAGGGUCUUCCGGGCCCCCAGGGUGCAAUCGGACCUCCAGGAGAAAAGGGCCCCCUGGGUAAACCAGGCCUCCCAGGGAUGCCCGGUGCUGAUGGACCCCCGGGGCACCCUGGCAAAGAAGGCCCUCCGGGGGAGAAGGGAGGCCAGGGUCCGCCCGGCCCCCAGGGCCCCAUCGGCUACCCAGGCCCUCGUGGAGUCAAGGGGGCAGAUGGCAUCCGAGGUCUGAAGGGCACCAAGGGCGAGAAGGGUGAAGACGGCUUUCCGGGCUUCAAAGGAGACAUGGGCAUCAAGGGAGAUCGGGGGGAGAUCGGCCCACCUGGUCCCAGAGGGGAGGACGGUCCCGAAGGCCCCAAGGGUCGUGGAGGUCCGAAUGGCGACCCGGGUCCUCUGGGACCCCCUGGGGAGAAGGGAAAACUCGGAGUCCCAGGAUUGCCCGGCUACCCAGGAAGACAAGGGCCAAAGGGUUCUAUCGGAUUUCCUGGAUUUCCUGGCGCCAACGGAGAGAAGGGUGGCCGGGGCACACCUGGGAAGCCGGGGCCACGGGGGCAGCGAGGCCCAACGGGUCCACGGGGUGAAAGAGGCCCCCGAGGCAUCACUGGGAAGCCUGGCCCCAAGGGCAACUCUGGAGGCGAUGGCCCGGCCGGCCCUCCGGGUGAACGGGGACCCAACGGACCCCAAGGACCCACGGGGUUCCCUGGACCAAAGGGUCCCCCGGGGCCCCCGGGCAAGGAUGGGCUCCCGGGACACCCUGGACAGAGAGGAGAGACGGGUUUCCAAGGCAAGACCGGCCCUCCAGGCCCCCCGGGUGUGGUCGGCCCUCAGGGUCCCACUGGAGAAACUGGUCCCAUGGGUGAGCGUGGCCACCCUGGACCCCCGGGCCCCCCUGGUGAACAAGGGCUCCCGGGCCUGUCCGGAAAAGAAGGGACGAAGGGUGACCCAGGCCCUGCCGGCCUUCCUGGAAAAGAUGGACCCCCAGGGCUACGUGGCUUCCCCGGGGACCGAGGGCUUCCUGGUCCAGUGGGGGCGCUUGGACUGAAAGGCAGUGAAGGCCCCCCAGGCCCGCCAGGCCCCGCGGGAUCUCCAGGGGAGAGAGGUCCGGCCGGUGCUGCUGGGCCCAUCGGAAUUCCAGGGAGACCUGGGCCCCAGGGACCUCCUGGGCCGGCUGGGGAGAAAGGAGCUCCUGGCGAGAAAGGUCCACAAGGCCCAGCUGGCCGAGACGGUCUACAGGGUCCCGUGGGGCUCCCUGGUCCAGCUGGCCCUGUGGGUCCCCCUGGAGAAGAUGGAGAUAAGGGGGAGAUCGGGGAACCGGGACAGAAGGGGAGCAAGGGAGACAAAGGCGAACAGGGUCCACCUGGGCCCACAGGACCUCAAGGACCCAUUGGACAGCCAGGCCCCUCUGGAGCUGACGGCGAGCCAGGUCCUCGUGGCCAGCAGGGCCUUUUUGGGCAGAAAGGUGAUGAAGGUCCAAGAGGUUUUCCCGGUCCCCCGGGACCCGUGGGGCUGCAGGGUCUGCCGGGACCUCCAGGAGAGAAGGGCGAGACGGGAGAUGUGGGUCAGAUGGGUCCCCCAGGUCCCCCCGGCCCCCGAGGACCCUCCGGAGCUCCAGGUGCUGACGGACCGCAAGGCCCCCCGGGUGGAAUAGGCAAUCCUGGUGCAGUGGGAGAGAAGGGUGAGCCCGGCGAAGCUGGAGAGCCUGGCCUUCCCGGCGAAGGGGGCCCCCCGGGACCCAAAGGCGAAAGGGGGGAGAAGGGUGAGUCGGGCCCUUCAGGUGCUGCUGGACCCCCUGGACCCAAGGGCCCUCCCGGAGACGACGGUCCCAAAGGCAGCCCCGGCCCGGUCGGUUUUCCUGGAGAUCCCGGUCCCCCCGGAGAGCCUGGCCCUGCGGGUCAAGACGGUCCCCCUGGUGACAAAGGAGAUGACGGUGAAUCGGGACAAACGGGAUCCCCGGGCCCUACUGGUGAACCAGGUCCAUCUGGGCCUCCAGGAAAAAGGGGUCCCCCCGGCCCCAUAGGUCCCGAAGGCAGGCAGGGAGAGAAAGGAGCUAAGGGAGAAGCCGGCUUGGAAGGCCCUCCUGGGAAGACUGGCCCCAUUGGCCCCCAGGGGGCCCCUGGGAAGCCCGGGCCCGAUGGCCUGCGAGGGAUCCCUGGCCCUGUGGGUGAGCAAGGUCUCCCAGGAGCCCCAGGCCCCGAUGGCCCCCCCGGCCCCAUGGGUCCCCCAGGACUCCCUGGCCUCAAAGGAGACUCUGGACCCAAAGGGGAAAAGGGACAUCCAGGCUUGAUCGGGCUCAUCGGACCUCCGGGCGAACAGGGAGAAAAGGGUGACCGCGGUCUCCCCGGCCCCCAGGGCUCCUCUGGCCCUAAGGGAGAACAGGGUAUCACUGGUCCUUCAGGCCCGAUUGGCCCCCCGGGGCCCCCUGGCUUGCCGGGCCCUCCUGGUCCAAAAGGUGCUAAGGGAUCCUCAGGUCCAACUGGCCCGAAGGGUGAGGCAGGCCAGCCAGGACCCCCUGGCCUGCCGGGGCCCCCCGGCGAGGUCAUCCAGCCCCUGCCGAUCCAGGCGUCCAGGACCCGGCGGAACAUCGACGCCAGCCAGCUGAUGGACGAAGGGGAGGGUGAGAACUACAUGGACUACGCAGACGGCAUGGAGAUCUUCGGCUCCCUCAACUCGCUGAAGCUGGAGAUCGAGCAGAUGAAGCGACCCCUGGGCACGCAGCAGAACCCCGCGCGCACCUGCAAAGACCUUCAGCUCUGCCACCCUGACUUCCCCGACGGUGAAUACUGGGUGGAUCCGAACCAAGGCUGCUCCAGGGACUCCUUCAAAGUCUACUGCAACUUUACAGCCGGGGGGUCGACGUGCGUCUUCCCCGACAAGAAGUCCGAGGGGGCCAGAAUCACUUCUUGGCCCAAAGAAAACCCGGGCUCCUGGUUCAGUGAAUUCAAGCGUGGCAAACUGCUCUCCUAUGUGGACACUGAAGGCAACCCCGUGGGUGUGGUCCAGAUGACCUUCCUGCGGCUGCUCAGCGCCUCCGCCCACCAAAACAUCACCUAUAACUGCUACCAGUCAGUCGCCUGGCAGGACGCCGCCACGGGCAGCUACGACAAGGCCAUGCGCUUCCUGGGCUCCAAUGAUGAGGAGAUGUCCUACGAUAACAGCCCCUACAUUCGCGCCCUGGUGGACGGCUGCGCUACAAAGAAAGGGUAUCAGAAGACCGUUCUGGAAAUCGACACCCCCAAGGUGGAGCAAGUGCCCAUUGUGGACAUCAUGUUCAACGACUUUGGUGAAGCGUCACAGAAAUUCGGAUUUGAAGUGGGGCCGGCUUGCUUCCUGGGCUAGGAGCCGCGAGCCUGGCCCCAAGAGCAACCUUGUGACCUCAGCACACCGCCCGUGGGUGUCCUGGACGGUGAAGGCCCCUCGUCCCUCCCCACCACGCCGGGCCCACUCCACACCCAGAGAGAGCAAAGGGAA